AUGUCCCGCUUUCUCUAUUCACUCGGUCUUCACCCUUUCGCUUGCACAGAGCCCAACAGCUAUAACGAACAUUUACGGUUGACGGAACGUUAUCUCGAGUUCGAUGUAGCUGCCCUCCGGAACGCGAUUGCUGCCGCAUCCAGUCGUUCCAGUUCUGAUAUCGUUUCAUUUUUUAAGCUAUCAGAGGGCGGGUUCAACCGAGUAUUCCAAGCGACAUUCGGCGAUGGGAAACACGUUAUCGCUAGGAUUCCGUACCCUUCCACAGGACCUGAACACUACACUGUUGCCAGCGAGGUUGCCACCUUAGACUAUCUCCGGUUACAUGGAAUUACCACACCCAAGGUGUAUAGUUGGUGCUCAACACGAGCGAAUCCUGUCGGUGCCGAGUACAUCAUCAUGGAGAAGUUAGACGGUACCCCUCUAGGCGAGAUAUGGUAUACAAUGUCACCAAAGGACCGGCUCAGAAUCAUGAAGCAGAUUGUUGAGUGGGAGACGCGAUUUAUGUUCUUGGAGUUCCCUGCUUCCGGUAGUCUAUACUAUCGGAAAGAUGUUCUCUCGGGAGAGGGCACCCCAUUGUCAGAUCAUAGCGACUUUUGUAUCGGUCCAAUAGCCCACUACAGUUGGUGGCAUGAGCAAAGAGCCGUACUCGAAACUGACAAGGGGCCCUGGUCGUCAUCAAACGACAUCUUUCGUGCAGUUGGGGAUCGGGAGUUGAAGUGGGCUGAAACUUAUGCGAAACCUCGCCUUCCCUAUGAACGCCUUUACCGAGAAAUCCAUGGUUUUUGUAAGGUUUCGCCGGACAGUCAUAUCAAGAAUUUGUCCGAUUACCUUGUCUUGUCGCGAUGCCUUGGCUUCAAAACAGGAAGCCCACUGGAUCGACCGGUCCUCCGGCACCCUGAUUUCCAACCGAACAAUAUUCUCGUGUCAGAGAGUAAUGAAAUUGUUGGAUUUAUUGAUUGGCAGCACUCCACCAUUCUUCCUCUCGGAAUUGCGGCUGGAAUACCAAAAUAUUUCCAGAACUAUGGUGACCCUGCUUCAGAAAAGCUCAUUGAGCCUCAAAUUGAUCUUCCGCCAAACUAUGAUACUCUCGACCAACCUGAGCAAGAUUCAGUGCGAGAGACGAUGCGCAAACGGUUGGUCCAUUUCCUGUAUGCUGCGCUUACCAAGCGGGUAAACAAAGACCAUUACGAUGCAAUAUUCAAUCAGUCUAUCAUAUUGCAUCAACGUUUAUUUAAGAGUGCGAGUACUCCUUGGGAAGGAGACUCAGUAACUCUACGGGCUGACACGAUUCGUGCCAUACAGAGCUGGCGGAAUUUAAUCGCAAAAGAUUCACGAGAGUAUGACAAAGAGACAUGCACUGUACCUCCUCUUGAGUAUCCGGAUACGAUUAUUCAUGACACUCUCAGGAUAGAUGCGCAACAGAAAGAGGCCGAUACCGCGAUGGAACAGAUGCGAAAUGUCUUAGGUGUGGAUAUAUUGGGCUGGGUGCCUAAUGAUGAAUAUCAGGCUGCGAAGAAAAAGGCUCGUGAGAUGAAGGCUAAAAUGCUUGAAGCAGCUGCAACGCACAGCGAGGUUACUGGGGUUCAACACCAUUUUCCCUUCGAUGACUUCCGUGAGGAUUCAUGA